UUCCUCUGCCAUGUGCAUGGGGGAAAGUAUCCGUGAAACUGUUUUUAUAAAAACCUGAAUGAGGAAUAAACCCGUUGCUUGUUCCCUGCUCAGCGCUAAAGAGAGAAGUGGAGGCCGGUGCAGGACGAGGAAUGAGUCAGGCCAGUUGUCACAAGUAAAACACCGGUAACCAGCUGGAAAAGUGACGAGUUAAUCUGGUUUGAUAGCUCGCUAAAGGUUCGUUUUCGCCAUGGCUCUGUACCUGAAAGCCGCAGAGAUCCUGGAGAAAGCCGAGAGGAAGCAGGGCGCUUUGAAAACUCUGGUUUACGACAGUAAAUUUGCGAACAUCAAGCAGCUGUUCGCUCUGGUUUGUGAGACUCAGAAGUUUUCCUCCAUCCUGCAGGAGCUUAUCGAGUCCACCAAGCUGCUCAAACAGACCAAGCUGAAGAUGCACCUGGCCAAGGUGCUGGUGUACGACCUGGUGAUGGGCCAGGGGCUGAAGUGUGGCGGGUCCUGGAAGACCACGAUGAUGAAGCAUCGCGCCCGGCUGCAGGCGGAGCUGGCCCGCAUGAAGAUAAAGCGGAAGGUUAGCAGGAAUGAGGACCUGCUCCCGGCCAGCGUUCAGCAGCUCGCCGGGAACCAGCUACCCAGGUAUGUGCGUGUGAACACCCUGAAGACCACCGUGGAGGAUGCUGUGGACUACUGGAAGAGGGAUGGCUUCUCCUACCAGGGACAAGCUACCAGGCUGGACGACUUAACCCUGAAGAAGAAAGACUUUGUGAGGGACCUUCACCUCCCGGAGCUGCUGGUCUUCUCUCCUAAAACUGACUUUCAUGACCACUUCCUGUACAAGGCUGGCCACAUCAUUCUGCAGGACAAAGCCAGCUGCCUCCCUGCCUAUCUCCUCAACCCCCCACCUGGCAGCCAUGUCAUAGAUGCCUGCGCUGCCCCCGGCAACAAAACCAGCCACCUGGCAGCCAUCAUGAAGAACAAGGGCAAGCUGUUUGCCUUUGAUUUGGAUGCCAAACGUUUGGCCACCAUGUCGACUCUCCUGCUCCGAGCUGGCGUCACCUGUCAGCAGCUGGCCAACCAGGACUUCUUGAAGGUGGACCCUGACAGUGCGCAGUAUAAAGAUGUUGAGUAUAUCCUGCUGGAUCCCUCCUGCAGUGGAUCAGGAAUGGUGUGCUUGCGGGACAACACCUCUGCUGACCAGGAGAAGGAUCAGGCUCGUCUGGCCUCCUUGGCCUCCUUCCAGCUGCGGUGCCUGAACCACGGUCUCAGGUUUCCCCGCCUGAAGCGCCUGGUCUACUCCACCUGCUCCGUCCACAGCCAGGAGAACGAGGAAGUCAUAACGGCCUGUCUGCAGCAGAACCCCGGCUUCAGGCUGGUUCCUCUGCUGGCCCAGUGGCCUGAGCGAGGCCUGGAACCUCUCACUCAGUGUCUGCGAGCCAGCACCACCGAGACCCGCACACACGGCUUCUUCGUGGCUCUGCUGGAGAAACACAGUGAGGCUGGGAGUAUGGAGCAGGAACAAGUGGUCCAGAUAAGCCACCCUGAGGAGACAGCACACAGUCCACCUGCCUGUGAGGAAACACCGGACUCUUCAGAGACAGAGGACAAAACCACACCUGCUGCAGACCUGAUGUGCUGCACACAGACUGACAGUACACCGGGCAAGAGGAAGAGGAAGAAGAAAAAGAAGAAGAAGAAGAAGGGGGCCACAAUGGCAGAGUAAUGAUAAGAAAUUUAAAAUAGGACUCCUACAUCAUUUUAUCUGAGAGAUCAUCAGUGAAGAUUUCUAUUAAUUUCCAGUAGAGACAUGUCAGGUUUGUGGCUGAGAAAUAAAUAUUAUU